AUGGCGUCUGCUAGACCAGUUGGAGCUAGCUCCAAAUUGGUAAGAUUUGUUUUAUAUUUUUAAUUUCGUAUUUAGAUUGCCGGAUGGUACACUAACGGUCUUGUUCCUGCUAUCGAGACUUCCCCAGUUCACGCCAUCAAGAUCAAGGACGAGGCAGCCAAUCUGCAGACCGUUGAUUCUGUCCGGAGAUACGCCUUCAAUGCCUCCAAUAAGCCAUUCUUGUCCAGCAAGAAUGUCGCUGGUAAGUUGAACAAUAUAGUUCCGGUUUCUAUGGUUUUUUUAGUUCUGGCCAAGCGUUUUGCUCACACAGAUGUGAGAUUUCCCAACUUAGAUACAUAUAGAUUGGAUUCGACUAAGGAUGCCACCAAGCCUGCCAGGGCGACUGAGGACGAUCGUCGUGGUCUCCAUAAUGCUGUUGUCUAUGGAGGUGGGUUUAUUGACAUCAUCUUUGUUUAAUGUUGCCCCAUGAAAUAAUUUUUCUAUUAUGGUAGAUUGGGGUCCUCUUUUGCUAAUAUUAACAUAAUCUUUUUGCAGUUGGUGGUAUGGUUACUCUUUUCGCCGCCCGUAACGUUGUCCAGACCAUGGUUUACUAUAAAGCUAUGGCCGCUGAUCAGAGAGCCUUGGCUUCCAUCGAAAUUGACAUGACUAAAGUCCCUGAAGGAUCUGUACGUUGUUCUCCUUUAUUUCAUUUCUUUUCUUUAGACCAAGACAUUCGAAUGGCGUGGAAAGCCCGUGUUUGUGAAGCACCGUACUUCGGCCGAAAUUGAACGAGAACGGGCAGUUAAUGUCGCUGAGCUCCGUCAUCCAGAAUCCGAUGAAGACCGAGUCCAAAAGCCGGAAUGGUCCGUCGUUAUUGGUGUCUGCACUCACUUGGGUUGCGUCCCAAUCGGUCAGUUAACGGGUUGUUUGUGUUAUGAGUCAGUUCGCUAGGAGUUUUCUUCGAAUGCUGCAAAGGCGCCAAAAUAUAGUUUUCUGUUCAAGUGUAAUGUCAUGAGUAAUAUAAAAUUCUACUUUCAGCUGGUGCCGGUGACUAUGGUGGCUACUACUGCCCUUGCCACGGUUCCCAUUACGACGCCUCGGGUCGUAUUCGUAGGGGACCCGCCCCUCUGAACUUGCACGUCCCCGCUUACAGCUUCAAGGGAGAUGUCAUCGUGAUCGGCAGUAACUAA